ACCUCUUUCUCUCUCUCUCUCUCUCUCUGUGUCUCUCACACGCACUCACACAUAAAACAGGGACACUCGGAGAAAUCUGUUUUCGUUGUGUUUGUUUUUUUGCUCGUAAUAUUUGGUAACAUGUUCUUCAGAUCUCUUAAUAACAAUGUUUGUUCUGUUCCCUCUGCAUUUCUUAUGUUGGUUUGGAGUCCAGGAAUGAUAGAUUUACAGCUUCGAAGGAGUUCAUUUGUCUGGGCUUGAAAAUCAGGUUUUAAAAGUUCUGUAUCUCAGCUACUUGCAAUGGGUAAGUCCCCGGGGAAAUGGAUCAAGACCCUUCUAUUUGGAAAGAAAGCAUCAAAGUCUAGUUUGUCAAAAGGACGGGAGGUUUUGCAAACUGCAAAUGAGAAUGGGUCUUGGGUUGCUGCCAAGGCCUCAGGAGUUGAAGCAGCUGUGGAUCCUCCAUUGAUUUCACAUGUGACACCUGGUACAACUGACGGAAAUGGGGGAAACUCGACAUUGGAAAAGGGGGUGCCUUCCAAUUUACAGUGUGAUGCUGAGGUAUUGCCCGGAAAUCAGGAUCCAGAUUCCCACAGAACCGCAGGUCCUGAGGCAGCAAAUGAUCCAGAAAGAGUCAGGCAAGAACAAGCGGCCACAAAGGCACAGGCUGCUUUUAGGGGUUAUUUGGCUCGUCGGGCAUUUCGAGCUUUAAAGGGCAUCAUAAGGCUGCAGGCACUUAUCCGAGGGCACCUUGUGAGGAGGCAAGCUGUUGCUACUUUACGCUGUAUGAAGGGGAUUGUAAGGUUUCAGGCAGUAGUUCGUGGUCGAAGAGUCAGAAUUUCUGAUACUGGUCUUGAGGUGCACAGCAAAUGCAAUGAGAUAAAAACUCUGGAGGCUAAGCACUUGGAACCAAUUAGAGUGAAUAUAGAUCGACGUACAGAGAAGCUGUUAGCAAGUGCUUUUAAUAGUAAGCUUCUUGCUUCUAUAUCCACUGCAAUGCCUGUUCGUCUUCAAUAUGGCCCGGGUGAACCUAAUUCAGCUUGGAACUGGCUUGAGCGUUGGACUUCUACCCAUUUUUGGGGACCACUUCCACAAGCAAAGAAGAGUGCUGAUGCUAAACCUCAGGCAAGGCAGCGUUAUCAUCAAAGUGCAGACAGUGAACCAGGUCGAUCAAAACGUAGUGUCAGGAAGGUCCCUGCUGCAAAUGUUGACAAUGGAUCAAUCCAUUCUACUUCUGAAUCUGAAAAACCCAAACGUGGCCAGAGGAAAGUUACAAGCCAUCCUGUAGAGUCAGCGCAGGAACAUCCCCAAAUUGAGCUUGAAAAGGUUAAGCGCACUCUAAGAAAAGUUUCUACCUCCACAGCUGAGGCUUCUGAUCGGGUGGAGGCUGAGAUUGAGAAGCCAAAGCGUGUUCUCCGAAAAGUGUCAAGCCCUGCAGCUGCUGAUACUUCAGACCAAGGCAUGGGGAAUUCUUCUGAGAAGAUAAGGAAAGAUCCAAUAGUAGAGGCACCAAAGAUACCUGAUGUGGAAGCAACUCAAACACCAUUGACCUCAGGUGAGCCAGUUGAGAAUAAUACUGUGACAAAUCAUGAUGAAGGGGAUAUGCCAGCUUUGGAGAGAAGUGUGCUAGGUGAGAAUAUUCCUGCAGCAAAUGGGGAAUUAAACUCAAAGGAAGAUCCCACUAGCAAUGGAAACCAGAAAAGCAGCAAGAGGAGAGCUUCCUUUCCAGCAAAGCAGGAAUAUCCCGAGAAUGGCAUACAAAACACACCAACAUUGCCAAGUUAUAUGGCAGCAACUGCAUCUGCAAAGGCGAAGCUCAGAGCGCAGGGUUCCCCUAGGUUUAGUCAAGAUGGGGUUGAGAAGGAUGGUUUAACAAGGCGGCAUUCUCUGCCUUCUUCUACCAAUGGGAAAUUGAACUCACUUUCACCACGGACACAGAGACUGGUUCAUGGAAGUGGAAAAGGUGGAGUUAGAGACAGAUCACUGUUGUCUUCGGGGGAUGGUAAUGAUAAAGUUGUGCAAGCAGAGUGGAGGAGGUGAUUUUGCAGAAAUUUGGGUUUCAAGGAGAAAGGUUACCUCAAGGAGGUAAACGUGACUAGUUGCCAGCAUUUUUUAAGGGAUAUUUUCUCGUGGUAUAAAAUUCAGUUGUAAAACUUGAAGCUGGACUUGAGGAGUAACUGGUGUGUGGUGUGCCUGGAGUGCUCUACUCUCUUAUUACUGUUGUAUUUCAGGGUCUGUAUAGUCUGGUUUGAUUUCGUUUAGGGUUUGUUUGUGUUUUUUUCCCUCUCCCAGAUUUACUUAUAAUAGGAAUGCCAACCGUGUAAGAGCCAUAAACUAUUGUUAUACAGUUUCUCACCGAUAGUUGAAUGUUUGGCUUGU